AUGCUAGAAAUAUUUGCUUCCGAAUUUGGCCCAGAUAUCCUAACCACUAGACUAUAUCGGACGAGCCUUACAUCAAGUGCAAUUCUGGGAGAUAAUAAAUUAUAUAACUCUUGUGGUAGCGCUUGUCCUCCAACUUGUGCCAAUCCUGAGCCUAAAUUUUGUAUCCUAGUAUGCAAGGCUGACUGGUUCUGUCCUAAAGACUACUAUUUAAACUCGGCUGGUAACUGCGUUCUUAAAGAGUACUGUGACAAUGUUCAACCAACUCCGGAUCCAGUACCUUUACCUCAACCAUUCCCAACAUAUCCAUUCCCACGACCAUUCCCUCGACCAUUCCCUCGACCCUUGCCCAGACCAUUUCCAAGACCUUUUCCAGUUCCAUUUCCAGAACCAUUCGUCCAAAAUGUAACCGAAGUUUCAGAUGAUUUUGGUCGAUUCCCUGAAUGGCCUAGUUUCCAAUCCUUUGAGCCAGUGGAAAGCCCUCAAAUUAGGUUGUCAUCUUAUCCAACUUUACCAAGCUUCCAAAUAUCUCCAAUCAAUUACAAUGCGACUGCUGUAGCCAAUGGAGCUCCAAUCCCACCACCGGCUGUAGUUCGUACCAGUGGGUCUAAUGCACCUUACAUUCCAAGCCCACCAAUGGUACCACAGAUCAAACCCCUGAUUGAUUUGGAUCCAACUGUUACUCGACCUGUACUUCGAGUUAGCAAAGAACAGUCAUCUGAAGAUGAGAAAUAAUAAAAUUGUAAAUUGGAUCAACUUAAUUUAUACUCAAUCACAUUGAUUGCGAUGCUAAAUAGAGUUUCUGUUAUUUACAAAAAUCCAUCGCGAUAUUUUACUAAAUAAUUGAGUUGUAAUUUGCUCAAACUCUAACAAAGAAAACUCAGUCUUUCUCUUGUCAGAUACAUUAAAUUUGUAUUGAAAUCUAGAGAUUGCUCAAAUAAAUGAUCAACUAAGCAAUUAAAUAAACAUAAAACCUUACAAUUUGGA